AUGGCUUCAAGAUUGGAAAUCAACUUCGUCCGGUUAUUGUCCCGCUGUGAGUCAAUAGCUUCGGAAAAACGGGGUGAGACCGAAUGGAGGCUGGAGAAGUAUGUUGGUGCCUUGGAGGAGAUGCUGGUGGCUCUGAGGAAAAGCAUGAGCAAACCCACACCAGAAGUGCUGACAGAAUACACACGAAAGGUGGAUUUUCUGAAAGGCCUUCUAGAAGCAGAGAAGCUGUCGUCACCAACUGAAAAGGCGCUAGCCAAUCAGUUCCUCGCCCCUGGCCGAACACCCACAAUUGCCAACGAGAGGAUGGCUGCUACUAAAACUGUUCACAUACAGUCAAAAGCCCGAUGUACAGGGGAGAUGAGGGAUGAGCUGCUUGGCACGGGUUUUUCAAACAAAGAAACAGAUUUGCGAAACAGAAGAGGUCUUCCUCUUGACGAACGCCAGUCAGCCGCAGAGUUGGACGCCAUCUUGCAGCACCAACACAACCUGCAAGAGAAGAUCGCUGAAGAUAUGCUCAACCUGGCUAGGAACUUAAAAAACAACACACUGGCUGCCCAGAGCAUCAUCAAACAGGAUAAUCAGACCUUGGGCCAGUCGAUGCAUCAGGCCGACCUCAACUUUGAGAAGUUGAAGACUGAGUCGGAACGUUUGGAGCAACAUGCCAAGAAGUCUGUCAACUGGUUGCUGUGGCUCAUGCUCAUCUUGGUUUCCUUUACCUUUAUAAGUAUGAUCCUCUUCAUCAGACUCUUCCCUAGGCUCAGAUGA